UCAUUAUCAAGCAACACCACUAUCACCAACACAGGUUCUCACAUCUUAGGUUGAUAGCCAAGUGUAGAGAGUGGGGAGACAGAAAGUGUGUGUGCAUGUGUGUAUGUGUCUGUGAGAGAGAGAGGGAGAAAGAGAUGGGAAGUUGGAACGUGAUUAUGUUGUUGCUUUCUCUAGUUAUCACUCAAACUAGUGCUAGAAGUGUUCCUUCCGAAACUUCUCUCAAAACCAACAACAACAACAACAACGAGAAGAAUGACAAUGUGCCAAGCGAUGUGGGUCUCAAUGACCAGAAGAACUUCGUCUCAUUUGGUGGCGUUGGCGGCUUUGCCGGGCUUGGUGGUGUCGCUGGCGUAGCUGGAGGCUUACCUCUUGGUGGCAUUGGUGGUGCUGGUGCGGGUGCGGGUGGCGGAGUUGGUGGUGGAGUUGGAGGACUUGGUGGCAUUGGUGGUGCUGGUGCUGGUGCUGGUGCGGGUGGAGGAGCUGGUGGUGGAGUUGGAGGACUUGGUGGCAUUGGUGGUGCUGGUGCUGGUGCUGGUGCGGGUGGCGGAGCUGGUGGUGGAGUCGGAGGACUUGGUGGGCUGGGUGGACUCGGUGGACUCGGUGGGCUGGGUGGACUCGGUGGUGCAAGUGGGAUCGGUGGGCUUGGCGGUUUAGGAGGGGUUGGUGGUUUGGGCGGUGCUAGUGGCUUGGAUGGUGGUGUUGGUGGUGGAGCUGGAGCCGGUGGUGGAGCUGGUGUUGGUGGUGGUGGUGGUGUCGGUGGUGGAGCUGGAGCUGGUGGUGGAGCCGGUGGUGGAGCUGGAGCUGGUGGUGGUGUUGGUGGUGGAGCUGGUGGUGGUGUUGGUGGUGGAGCUGGUGGUGGUGGUGGUCUUCCUUUUCCUUGAAUUUAUUCCUCCACGGGUGGUAAAUGUGUGAUCUGUUUGUAGCCUUUGCUGCUGAUCAUUAGAGAUCCCAUAAUUACUUAUUUGGGGUCUGUAGUUUUGGUUAUUAGUUAAAAAGUGUGAGGAUUACUCCUCUUGUUUUUGGUCUUCUGGACUUCUUUUAACCUGUUUCACCUGAAACUACAUUAAAGAAGUUAUGACUUUGCAA